GUUUCGGUGCCACAUUUCGCCGCUUGGUGCCGCCACUGUUUUGACAGGCAUUUCUCUGCACUGACAAAAACCUUAUUUUCCAAAGUCUGUGAAUGCUGCAGAGGAUGCAGCUGUGUUCCAUUUGCCGAUCUCAGUUAGCUAGAGCACUUCUACGUGGCCAGCUGAAUAAAUCUGGUGGCCAGCAGGCCAGAAGAAUAACCCUGUCAUCAUUUCUGGGAAGUCGCCACUUGACUUUGAAAGAAAGCUAUGCCCUGCUUGAUUGUUCAACAGAUGCUGAGCUAGGCGUCCUCAAAGCCACAUUCAUUGAGCUAGCAAAGGUGUACCAUCCAGACAGCGGUGCAAAAACAGCUGAUCCGCAAAUGUUUACUGAGAUAAAGGAAGCCUACAAAGUGAUUGAGAAGCACCUGAAGAAAAAGGCCGAAAUCGAAGACAGGCAAAAAGCUGAACAACAAAAAGGAGAGCUUGAGUUUGACAUCAAACAUACAGCACCUCAACAUCGGCAAUAUCUGAACUAUGAGGGUAUUGGCUAUGGUACGCCACGUCAGCGCCAGAAACAAUAUGAGAAGUAUCGGGUGAUGAGAGCAUCUGAGAAUCUGCGGGAUUACAGGACAGAGAAAAUUAUGUGGAAAGUCGAGGACGCCUUGUUGGUGAAAGAUAAACGAGAGGCCAGCAAGGCAAAAAUAAGGAAUACCAUGGAUCGCUUGGUUGAAGAUUUAAUCCUCGACUCGAUGGCAAAAGGGGAGUUUCGGGACCUCCAGGGAAAGGGGAAGCCACUGUCUCAAACUUAUCACAACCCUCUUGUUGAUACCACGACCCAGAAUCUGAACCGAAUACUGAUCGACAAUGGCUAUGUGCCAGAGUGGAUCAGUUUAGAAAAAGAAUUCAGAAAAGACAUUCGAGAUGCCAAAGAAAGACUUGAAAAGAAAAGAUACAAACUAGGACCGCUCCCUUUUUCACCAUUAGAGGAAUCAAGAUGGACUAUGUUCUGUCAAACGUUUGAAGAGGAAAUGAAAUUGGUGAAUAAACAAAUUGAAAAAUUCAACAUGAUUGUACCGACUAUGCAGCAACAGAUAAUACCAAUCAAGGCAGAAUUCAUUCAGGAUUCUGUCCUCAGUGAUUACGAUGCAAUUAGUAGACGGAUGGAAAAGGAAAAUAAAGCAGAAUGUGAUAGACUUGAAAGAACUGGUCGAGGUGAAAACUAUGUUACAUUUGUGGAUGUAAUGAAGGAAAUUGCAGCGUUGUUCAGGAGAGGUAUACCACCUUAAUGAGACACUGGCAAAGUCAUAGAAAAAACUUUCAGCACAACUAAUUCGCAUCAACUUGUUGAAACUGUUACACAAUCACUGUAGUCACAUCCACUGGAAACACCACAGCUGCCACAUCCACUGCAGUCACCUCCGCCAGUGAAGACGGGGGGAAAUUGCUUUUGCCUCUGUAGAUGCAAAUGAGAGGAGAAACUAAAUUGUCGA